CAAAACCCACCGCUUAGUAAGCAAAUCCACGAAGCCGAACCCCAAUCCAAACUUAAUGCGGCUCAACUAAGCCCUAAAGGGAAUAGUACGUCACCCUGCCCAGAUCUUGCCCCUCGUCCCAACUCCCCCACCUCGAGCUCCCCCCGUUCCUCUGAUUGGCCCCGCCCCGAAGCUCCCCUCAAUGUGAUCAUGCACCGUCAUCAUUACUACUCUGUUCAGCCCCAAUCCCAUCGAUACACAGACAUCCUCCCAAUAACUUCAUGCAUUCCUCGUAAAAACCCCCAGCAAUAACAAAGAGAGUUCCUGCAUAUAACCAGGAGAACUCUCCCCUUCAUUUCCAAUCCCUCUGCUCUUCUGUAUACUCAUAAUCCCAUCGUCGAGACCACACCAGUAUCCCCACGCUUCCGGUGACCAUUGAAAAGCACUCCCAUCAUGUCCUCAGCUGGGCUGUCUGAGGGCGAGAGGAGAACGGGGACAGGUGGCUACCUCCCAAUCGAAGACUAUGGCCUCAUCGGUAAUAUGAGAACAUGCGCCCUGGUGGGAAUCGACGGGAGUUUGGACUUUAUGUGCUGGCCCGACUUCGAUUCCCCCACCGUAUUUGGCCGCCUUCUCGACGCGGAGCGUGGCGGGUACUUCAACAUCUCCCCGACCAAGGGCGUCCAAUACACGACUAAGCAGCAAUAUCUCCCCUCGUCCAACAUCCUCCAGACCCGAUACAUCCACGAAGAGGGAGCCAUGGACUUGAUUGACUUCUUCCCGCGUCCCAAGAACACGAGUGUCCUGUCGAAGCAGAAGCAGAUGCCGUUCCGGGAGACGGUGAUUGUCCAGGAUGAGCUGAAGAAGUGGCUAGUUAGACGUGUGGAGUGUAUUAGGGGAUUUGUUGAUAUUGAUGUUGAAAUCUUCCCAGCAUUCGAUUACGCCCGCGCCGAGCACACAGUUGAAAUCCACAUCCCAACCCGCGGCCACGCCGAGCCAGAAUCCAAGACCGUAACUUUCUCCUCCAAGGACCUAAAGUUGCAACUCGACGUCACCAUCGAUAAAGGAGACGAGGAUUCCAUAACCUGCCCACUCCUAAAAUUCACCACCGUCAAGAAGGACAAGCUGCUCGGCGAAGGAGUUGUAGCUCACAUCCACCUCGAAGAGGGCCAGGCCAUCUCCUUCGUCCUCCGCGACGACAUCCCCAAUCAUGUCACUCCGGACGUUACCACCGAAGUGCUGGAUACGCAACAGCAUGACACCCAGGCGUUUUGGUACAGCUGGAUCUCGAAAUCCAAGUACAAGGGCCGCUGGCGCGAGGUCGUUAACCGGAGUCUGAUGAUCCUGAAACUGCUAACCUACGAACCAACUGGCGCUAUCAUAGCCUCGCCCACCUUUUCCGUCCCAGAAGCCAUUGGAGGCGUUCGGAACUGGGAUUAUCGGUUCUGUUGGAUCCGAGAUUCGAGCUUUACGAUUUACAUUCUUCUCAGGAUGGGGUUUACGGAGGAGGCGGAUUCGUAUAUGGAUUUCAUCAGUGAUCGGUUUAGGAAGUCGAGAUCGCCGGAGGGAGCGCUGCCGAUUAUGUUCACUAUCCGCGGCGAGACUGAUAUCCCUGAGUUGGAGCUAUCCCAUCUCUCAGGAUACAGAGGCAGCGCGCCCGUCCGCAUCGGCAACGGCGCCGCCUUCCACCAACAAUUCGACAUCUACGGCGAGCUCAUGGACGGCAUCUAUUUGUACAACAAAUACGGCAAGCCGGUGACUUGGGACCAAUGGGUGUCCGUCCGAGAGAUCCUCGACUAUGUCCUCACCAUCUGGAAAGAACCCGAUAUGUCCAUUUGGGAAGUGCGGAAUAAUAAGCAGAAUUUCGUGUACAGCAAGAUCAUGCUCUGGGUCGCGUUUGAUCGCGGCCUUAGACUGUCAGAGAAGAGAUGUCUGCCCUGCCCGAAUCGCGCGGCGUGGAUGAAGGCUCGUGACGAGAUUUAUGAGGAGAUUAUGGAGAAGGGCUACAGCCACACCCUAAAAUGCUUCGUCCAAUCCUACGAAAGCGGCGACGCCCUCGACUCCUCCAUCCUCAUCGCCCCCCUCGUCUUCUUCAUCUCCCCCAACGACCCCCGCUUCUUACGCACCAUGGACCGGAUCCUGCUCACCCCGGAGAAGGGCGGCCUCACUAGCACCGGCCUCGUCUAUCGCUACAACACGGCGCAAUCCGACGACGGCGUCGGCGGCCACGAAGGCGCCUUCAGCAUGUGUACAUUCUGGCUGGUUGAAGCGAUGACGCGUGCGGGCGUGUAUGAUAAGAAGUAUUUGGCGAGGGCGGUGAAUGUUUUUGAGAAUAUACUGAGCUUUUCGAAUCAUUUGGGAAUGUUUUCGGAGGAGAUCGCGAGGAGUGGGGAGCAGUUGGGGAAUACGCCGCAGGCUUUUAGUCAUUUGGCGUUGAUUAGUGCGGCGUUUAAUUUGGAUAGGGCGACGGAUGGGAGGUGGGGGAGGGUGUAG